UCGGUUUAGUUUUAUUAUAAAAGCGAGUUACUAAACAUAUGUGAAAUCAAGUUUGGGUAACACCACAGAGAGCUAUUAAAUUCAAAUACAGGAAUAUAUUCCCAAAAAUAAAAGUGUUUUUAUAUUAUUACAUAUAUACUAAAUUAACUUUAAAACAAAUACAAAAAUGAGUGCCGGCAAAUCAUACUUCGAACAACCUGGUGAUGAUGGUGGCAAAUUGGCGAAAAAGGCAAAGGACUCACCCUUUAUGGUAGUGGGUUUGGCUGGUUUUGUUGCUGCUGCCGCUAUUGGUGCUUACAAAUAUAAACAUCGUGGCACCAUGAGCACAAGUGUAUUUUUAAUGCAAUUGCGUGUGGCAGCCCAAGGAACAGUUGUCGCUUGCCUAACAGCGGGUUUGGGUUAUACCAUGUACAAAGAAUACUUCAACAAAAGCACAAAAGAAGAUAACAAUUUGUCCAAUUAAAAUUGAUGUUUUCUUAAGUUCAUAUGAAAGAUUGUUAACAAAAAAUGAGGCAAUUUUCAUAAUACAUUUUCUAACGAAAGCUAAUAAACGAGUUUCAUACAAUAUUCAAUUAAUAUGUACCUUGGCAACAACAACAACUACAAAUAAACAAACAACUGCAAAAUCAUAGCAAUUAAUUUAAUCAUCCAUACAAUAGGAUCUUUAAAAUUCCCAUAAAAUUAAUACACAAUUUUUUGACAUUAAACACUACUCAUAAUAAUAAUAAUAAAUACAAUGUCCUAUUGCCUGUGAUAAUGAACUUAUAAACCUGGCUAAUUAUUACUAAUAAUAAAAAAAUAAAUAAAUAUGUCUUAUAUUAAAUGCAAAGUAAAAAAUGUUAUAAACUGUAUCUGUUAAUAUACAUUUUUGUGUAUGUUUGAAUAUAUUCAAAUACAAAAUAUUAACUUAUUUGUGUACAUA